AUUCAUGUAUAUAUGUUGUACUCCCUCUCAUUUGUUUUGUUUAUUCGUCUGGUCCUCACAGAAGGAGAGUGACCAGCAGAUAAGGGUCCAGGUGGACGGCAGCCUGACCACCUUCACCCAGACGGGCCUGGCAGCCGGUCAGGAAUACACCGUCGGCGUCACCGGAGACAUCGACGGCAGGAAGGGAGCCGAGAGUUCCACUGAAUUCAUGACCCUCACCCCCGGUCCCUCCAACCUCCGAGUCGUCAAGACGACAUCCACGUCUGCGGUGGUCCAAUGGGAGCAGUCGCAGGGUGAGAUCGACAGGUACCGCUUGACCGUCACGCCCAACGACGGAGCGGGGAAGAGUCAGGAGAUGACGGUCCCGGCUGGACAAGACUCCGCCCACAUCCGGCUGCUGGAGGCGGGGCGUUUGUACGACGUCGAAAUGGUGGCGGAGAAGGGAACGAGUCGGAGCAAACCAGCAACCAAUCAGGUUACACCAGGGAAGACUUUUCCAAGGGUUACCACAGCAGCUUUGACGCUAGCACCUGGACAAGAUGUUGGCGACGGACACCAAGAGUUUAACCCCUCGGCUGAGGUUCACGUCUUUGACCAACAGGGGAGGAGGGAGGAAGUGAAAGUCGGAGGUAUAGCUGGCCCUAACAAAGACUCCACAACCUCUGUGAUUGCAAGAACUAAACCUCUGGUCAGCAAAAAGAUGGGAAUAAAUGGCACCAUGGCCAAAGUCACAGAAAGGUCUGCAUUGUACAGGAAGCCAAAUGUCUCAGGCCCUUUCCGUUUAAACACAACCAGAGUCGUAUCUGGAUGGAGACAGUUUGGCCCAGGCUCUUUGAAAAAGCCCCCGGUGGGGCAGAAGAAGAAGGCACCAAUUGUACCCAAAAAACCUAAACCAGGUGUCCCCACUAUCAGAGACAGGACAAUAGCUUUGUCUAUGAGAGGCCCGGAUGUGGAGGCAUCAAGCACCAAGAGGAGGGUUGACAAGAAUCCAGCUAUAACGUCUGGGACCGAUUCAGAUACAAACAGACAAAGUAGCUCCGAGGAACCAACCGUUGAUGUCGGCUCCAAAGAACAACCAGAUGUUGGCAAGACAGGCCAGGGAAACGACACUGCUCCAGUGUCUUCAGAGCCAACUGGGACUGUUCGAAGCCAAGAGAAGAAAUGUAUGAACAAAGUCAAAGUGACACACAUUAGAUUACCCCAUCGGGGCAGAGGCAGUGGGUAUAGAGGUGAUGGAACUGCGCUGGUAGGAAAGACACCGGGUUCAGAUCAAGGUUCCUCUGAAACAGAUGACUUGAGACCCUCGUCUGCAGAGACGGACCGCGACAAUUCAACAGAUCCUUUACUCAAACUCCUGACGGACACUUUUGACAGUUUGAAUAUCACAUCUUUUUCUGUUCACCUGUCCAAACCAUCAAAUCUCUCUGUUAAUGCAGAAACAGCGAGCAAGCAGAUUUUAAGGGGAUUGAGGCCAUUGUCGCCAUCCUUGUCCUGGUCAUUGCCUUCAUCAACUUCACAUUCAUCAUCAUCAGCACGGUCAUCGUCCUCAUCCUCUUUAUCAUCACAUUCACUUGGUCCAUCUUCAUCAGCAGCAGCUUCAUCACCACCACAUUCAUCAUCGCAUUCUUUAGGUGAACCGUCAUCAUCAUUGCCAUCAUCCCCAUCCUCUUUAGCACCACCUUCACAUGCUCCAUCUUCACCAACAGCAGCGCCAUCAUCCUCACUAACACUGUUAAUGUCAUCCCCCUCAUCCACACCGUCACCACCAUCAUCAUCACUACCAUCAUUACCAAGAUCAACUCCAUCAUCAUCCCUUUCCAACUCAGAUAAAUCAGGUUCAGUUGGAAGUAAAGAACCACAUGUUGAUAACCGCAAAAGUACGACUGACGUUACAUCACCUGAAGACAGAAAACUACCGCCCUCAAGACCUAUUUUCCAACGCACACCUGCAAAACAUGGAUACGUACGUCGUCUGCGCCCAAACUUUGCAUCGUUUCAGAACAGAACCCGUCUAAAUUCAAGAGUUCCUCACCAUUUGACUCCUCGUUUGAACCUCGUCCCGAAAGGAGAGACAGAGACCAGGCAUACAUCCACGAGUGAAUUAUCGUUUUCACCAUCUUCAUCUGCCUCAGAGGACUCUUUAGUUGAGGUAAAUUCACCAAUAAGGGGUACGAGUGGAGACAAAGAUCGGGCAACUACAACUGCAUCCUCUGGAGUUGAACAAAACCAGGAAAAGAUGCCAACUGGAAGAGGACGAAUCCCAGUUCACCGUCUUCCUCCAAAUGGAGGAUACCUGCUGCGUCGUCCAAACUUUGGAGCUCUUCAGAACCGGACUCAUCCAAAUUUGAGGCUGCUUCCUCCGCCCUCUCGACCUUUAAAUCCUGCAUCAGAUACAAGGUUAGACCAGGUAUCUUCCACUGAAUUGCCAGCCACUUCUUCUUCUCCUGUCUCCAAAGAAUCCUAUGGAACUGAAGAUACAGGGCCAAAAGUAGGCAAAAAUGUAGACAGAGUUGGGACAAGAUUGUCCUCGACAAUCAUGUCCACUGAGUUCAAUCAGACCAUCAGAGGAAGUGGAGUGCCUUCCUCUCAUCGCCCCACUAACAAAGGUGGUUACAUCCGUCAGCCGCAACUGUAUGGUGGACGUUUCCAAAACAAAACCCGCACAAACCUGAGACCACCUCAACACCCACAUAAGGGGCCCAUGAGGAAGUUUUUCCCAAACAAAAGGCUAAAUGGAGGCAAUACUGUUGGAGGUCAAAUUAUGCAAUUAGAAAAGGAUAAUACCCCUGAAAACCAAUCAGGAGGGCAGGAUGCCACCAUGCCUACCCAAGGAGUCCAAAUUAGACAAUCAGGAGAACAAGACACUGCAGAAGUAAUUCCACAUUCCCAAAUGGAUGGCCAUGAUGCAACCAUCAGACCACAGAUUAAUGAAUUAGAAGGGUGGGACAAUGCUCCGAUCCAAACCCCUAAAUCUGGAGGAGAAACAACUAGCACCCCAGAUUCAAACUCUGACACCCAUAAAGAGAAAGUCAAUGCUGGCAAAAACACUGGAGCUAUAAGUCGAGGUGGACUUAAUGUCAAACAAACUUCCUCCGAUUCAAGACAUGAAGCCCCGAGACCAGUUCCACUUCCAAAGCGCCAACCACCAUCAAGAGGUACAACCGCACAGCAUCACGCCCAGAUAAGACGCUACAACAGUGGGAGUAAACGGAGAGUGGAAACAAAAACAAAUAAUACCGCAACAAAUUUGUUUGACAGUAAACCCGAGCAGACAAGAAGUGUUGAUUCCAAACCUACAACGGGAUCAGAUGGAUCUUCUUCCGGAGUCACAAGGGAACCUCUGAACCACGUGGGAGUGACGAACCGGACCUCUGAUGGAUUUACGCUCAUAUGGGAGUCACCGGAAGAGAAGUUCAAAAACUUUGUGGUGACAAGCAGAGAUGUUGGGAAAGAUGAAGAAAAAGAGAAAGAGGGUGGCAAUGAGGAGGAGGAAGCGAAGCAUCAUCCAACUGAAGAAACAGAAUCCGAAGAUGAAAAUAGAGUACCUGAAAGUGUCUCUGCACGAGGUCAAAGGAUCCUAAGCAGCAUAAAAGCCAAACCUGUAGCAGGAAGUGACAAAACCUUCAAAAAAGUUCUUCCUGGUUCAGCUCGCUCUUUCCAGUUUGAGAAUCUUCCUCCUCAGACCGAGUACACCGUGACCUUGCUUGGAAAGGGACCCGGCCUUCUGUCCAGACUACACAAGCUUGUCAUCAGUACAGGCCCGGAGCCUCCGACCGACAUCGUCUUCAGUGAGGUGUCGGAAAACUCUCUGACGGUGUCGUGGACCAAACCCAAGACGCCCAUCAGUGGUUUCAAAGUCACCUACACCCACACAGAGGAGGGUGAGCCGGUGUCCGUGUCCCUGGACUCGGACGACUCCACCCUCGGCCUAUCGAAGCUCUCACCUGGUUCUUCUUACGAGGUCAGCAUCAUCUCCGUCCUCGGACUGGACGAGAGCGAUCCGAUGAAAGACUUCGUCACGACACUCCCCGACCCGCCGACAGACCUCCGGGCCUUAAACGUCACGGACACCAGCGCCUUGUUGUUGUGGCGUCCAGCGAUGGCCGCCGUUGAUAAGUACGCCAUCGUUUACGGCGCCGGGACCGACUCAGAGUUGAGGAUCACCGUCUCUGGAAACGCAGCGGAGCAGCAGCUGAGCGGUCUGGAGGGAUCCACCACGUACACAGUCACCAUCAGCAGCCUGCUGGGCAGCUCGCAGAGCCCAGAGGCCUCCAGCAGCUUCACCACCACCGGAGGUCCACAC